AUGGGACAGGUGUUUAUAUUUGCAUCUUUCGAAGAAGGAUAUACAGAAUCUUGUACUGGAAGAUGUAUGGAAACGUGGAAUGGAGCAAACACGUGUCAUUGUGAUGAAAAUUGUUCACAAAAUAAUAAUUGCUGUGCUGACUACGUUGACUUAUGUAUAACAGACAGCGCGAAUAGCUGUUAUGGACGAUGCUUCAACAGCUAUGGUUUCCUGCCGAAUGCAAAUUGUUAUUGUGACAGUCAAUGUUCGAAAUAUGGAAACUGUUGCAGCGACUUUGUAGCUGAGUGCGCAGACGAAAAUCUUUGUGAAAACAGAUGCUUUUUCUGGUAUAACUCGCAAUUACCUUGCCAAUGUAAUGACUUGUGCUUAAAGUACGGAAAUUGCUGUCCCGACUAUUAUGGAAGUUGCAUUCCAGGAUCGUGUGUAAAUCGAUGCGGUGAUCGUAAUACCAACUCUGCAUGCCAUUGUGACAGUCAAUGUUCAACCGACUACGAUUGUUGUGAAGACUUUGCUGAUACUUGCACAAGUUCAGACUCAUGUGAACAUCUAUGUGAAAGUGCAUACGACUCAUCCAGAUCGUGUCAAUGCAAUGAUGCUUGUGCACAAUAUGGAAAUUGUUGCAGUGAUUAUGAGGUUUUGUGUAGAGAUUUUUAUCUCUGCAAUGGAGUUUGCAAUAUUACAAAGAACACAUGCAGCUGUACAGAAUCAUGCUUACAAGAUAACACAUGCUGUACAGAUUAUGAACAAUCGUGCAACGCUGGAACCGCGUGGUUGGAAGAUGAAUGCACGUCAAGUCAAGACAUGGUCUGUCCGAACGGAUUUGACACACCACCGGUGAUAUUGCUUUCGAUAGACGGCUUCAGAAACAGCUACUUCAAUCGACACGAAACACCAAAUAUGGCGAAACUUGCUUCCUGCGGAGUUCAUGCACCUUAUGUUAGACCGGCCUAUCCAACACUCACUUUCCCGAAUCAUUAUUCAAUUGUUACGGGAUUAUAUCCAGAGUUUCACGGGAUAGUUGCAAACAGAUUUUAUGAUCACGAGUUUGAUGCUGAAUUUCAACUAGGAAAAACAGAAGCUUCAAAUCCACGCUGGUGGGGAGGAGAACCGAUCUGGGUAACAGCAAGUAAUCAAGGUUUGAAAAGUGCUUCUUACUUUUGGGUUGGAUCUGAUGUAAACAUUACAAGAUAUCCAGAUUAUUAUUAUCCAUAUGAUGGUUCAGUUCCUUACGAAGAUCGAAUUUAUCAAGUUUUGCAAUGGCUUGAUAUGCCUGUUGAAGAUAGACCUUCAAUCAUACUGCUUUACAUGGAUAUGGUUGAUCAUGCGGGGCACGAUGUUGGACCAGAUGGUCACGAAGUUGAUGUAGCAAUCAGCCAAGCAGAUGACAUGGUUGGAAUGUUAAUGGACGGGUUGAAAGCUAGAAAUUUGGACAAAUGCGUCAAUCUCAUGAUAUUAGCUGAUCACGGUAUGGCAAAUACGUCAUGCGAUAGAAUGACGUACAUCGAUCAGUAUGGAGUUGACUUGAACAGCGUAUAUUUUCGAGGAGGGGCUCAUGGCAGAGUGGGAAAAAGUACAGACAAAACAUUAUGGAAUCUAUACGAUGGAGAAGACAUAAAAAAUAAAUUACAAUGCAAACGUUCUGAGACACAUUUUCAAGCAUACUUGAAGUAUGAAUAUUUUCCAAAACGAAUGCAUAACGCAUACAGUGCCAGAAUAGACGACGUCAGUUUGGUCAUGGACGACGAAUGGCUUGUUGGAGGGCAAACUGGUUCUUACUCAUCUUGCGAUGGUGGAACUCAUGGGUGGGAUAAUGAGAACAAACAGAUGAGGGCUUUAUUUCUAGCGCAUGGUGCAUCUUUCAAGAGAAGUUACAACUUUUCUGAACCAUUCGACAACGUUGAAAUCUACAAUUUUAUAGCAAAAGACCUCCUCAAUCUAACACCCCGACAAAACAACGGAACAUUGGGAAGUCUGGGACAUUUGUUAAAGAAUCAACCACACGUAGAACCACAGUCCAACGGAGAUCUUCCAAAUACCUGUCCUUAUCCUUCCACCACUAGCUCUCCGGAUACUCGAGGAUGUUCAGCAUGUCAAGGAGAACAACAGGCAAAUGAUUUAUUAAAUUUGACUCCAGAGGAAACAACGGAAGCGCAAAAUAAAAACAUGCUAGUUGGAUUACCUGAAAUUUAUCCAGAAAGUGACGGAGACGUUGUGAAUUAUUGUGUUUUAUCUCAACCUGAGUAUAUAACGGUGUACAACUGGGAAAAGAAACAACCUUAUUUUGCACAUUUUGUUCUGGACAAUAAGAUGCGAGAUAUGAGUCCAACUUCACUUUGUGUUCGACCAGAUAUUAGAAUAGAUUCUCAAUAUUCUUCAACUUGCUCGGAUUUUGAAAAUAAUAAAGACGUCACAGGAACUUUUCUAUAUCACCCAUACUUAUCUAUGAAUCGGAAGAGUGAUGCUGAAAUUUUAUCAAAUAUCAUUCCAGUUUACAGACCAUUUGUAGCAAUUUGGGAGCAGUUUUCUAAAGUCUUGAACGAUUGGGCUGGUUUAUACAACGGAAUAUCUGUAGCCACUGGUCCAAUUUUUGACUAUGAUUUUGAUGGCAAUUCGGAUACAAAGGAAAUAAUUCAAAAGUAUGGCCAAUUCCUGGUUCCUGGAGACAAAACAUCAACUCCAAUUCCAACCCACGUUUUUGUUGUUGCCAUGAGAUGCCGAAACUAUACAUCCUCGGAAAGUGUCAGAGAUUGCGCUAACAAUCCAAAGAUGAUUGAUAUCAUAAGCUUCAUUAUACCUAACUAUGCUACAGAUCCGUGUUACAAGGAUACUAUGAAUAUUGAUGAAUGGGUAUCGCAAACUGUCUUCGAACAUGUAGCAAGACUUCAUGAUGUGGAGCUUCUUACAUCAAUCUCAUUUCUGUCUGACUGGAGAAAUGCAGACUCCACCCAGGAAGAGCGUAUGGAAGCAAUCCGGUUGACAGUUCAUCUACCAGAAUUUGAAAAGGAUUGGAUGCAAGAUCUGCUACAAAAUAUCACACCCAGUCCAGAUGUGUAUGCUACUACAACAAAGUCAGCAUCAACUACUAAGCCACCAAAAUAAUUCUUUAUUCGGAAGAUAAAGAUUACUAGAUCUAUAAUUUUGUUGGUGUUAAUUAAAUUGGGGCCGUAAGUUAAUUCUGGAUUUCAAAUUUUAGAUAUAAAUCAGUGGUGUAGAAAACAGUGAACGGAUGAAGUUGUCAUUUCAUUUCAAUAAUUUCAUUGAAACACAGAAAUAUAAUGAAAUGCUUAGUAAUGAAUCUUUUUUGCGGUACAACAGAGAACUAAGUUGCAGUAAUAAUUAAAAUAGUUUGACUAUCUCAAUGAACAGCGUAGAAAAAUCAUGACCUAACAUUGUUAAUCCGUGUUAUUCGAGUACGCCAUUUAAAGUACGUUCAUCUCAUUUAAUAACGGUUGUGAAUGAUACAGAAAGCUUGAGAUUUACAUCGUAGAUUUUCUGGCCGUAAAUUUGUGCAUGGCAAAUAAAUGAAGAACAUGUAGUAGACAGAAAUGUUAGGAUAACACCUACGAUGAAUCUGAACCACCAUGUUAUGAUGCGCCCAGUGGUGCUGCUGGUGUUUAAUUUGGUGGACAAAAA